GACAGAUGUCAGCAGAGACUUUAGAGUCUUUAGACGAGCUGCACCCCGAACAGAGCCCCCCUCUGCGGGGUGGAGGAACCAGAAACGAUCGGCUCCAGCCCGCUGCUCCGCGGAGGUGCAGAAAUCAUUUUGCUCUCCCCCUUUUUCCUCCUCCUCCUCCUCCUGCCGCCGCUCUCUCUCCCUCUCAGUUUCCACAGCCGCCGAUCGACACUUGCAGCCAUUUUACGCAGGAUGAACCCAAUCAUGUGCUGAGGAGGGAAGCGGGGGAGGAAGGCUGUGCGGAUCACCUGGACGGAGCCAGGAGCCGCAGCCGCAGCCGCAGCCGCAGCGGGAGCGCCAGCCGCGGCUCCCGGUCAGCCAGCAGCACCGGUCCGGGGACAACAUGGUGAAGAGGAAGAGCCUGGACGAAAACGAGCCGGAAUGCGGGAAGGGAGUCCCGUUCCCCAUCCAGACCUUCCUCUGGAGGCAGACCAGUGCUUUCCUGCGGCCGAAGUUGGGGAAACAGUAUGAAGCKUCCUGCGUGUCCUUUGAGCGGGUCCUGGUGGAGAACAAGCUGCACGGCCUGUCUCCGGCGCUGUCCGAGGCCAUCCAGAGCAUCUCCCGCUGGGAGCUGGUCCAGGCUGCGCUGCCCCACGUCCUGCACUGCACCUCCAUCCUGCUGUCCAACAGGAACAAGCUGGGCCACCAGGACAAGCUGGGCGUGGCGGAGACCAAGCUGYUGCACACGUUGCACUGGAUGCUGCUGGACGCCGCACAGGAGUGCAACCAGGAGGCGUUGGGCAACCAGGGCUGGUCCAGGGGCGGCAGCAGCAGCAGCGCCUUCCUCCAGCCGCUGGGGAACCAGGGCUCCUCCCCGGGGGGCCCCGGCUCGGGCUCCGGCUCGGGGCUGCAGCACGGCAGCUCCCUGCUGGAGGAUGACGAGAGCGCGCGGGCCAAGCUGUUCCACAAGAGCAUGGCCACUGUGGAGCUGUUCGUGUUCCUGUUCGCGCCACUCAUCCACCGCAUCAAGGAGUCGGACCUGACCUUCAGGCUGGCCAGCGGCCUGGUGAUCUGGCAGCCCAUGUGGGAGCACCGGCAGCCCGACAUCCCGGCCUUCACCACCCUAAUCAAACCAGUCCGGAACAUUGUGACGGCUAAGAGGAACUCCCCAGUCAACAACCAGUGCAGCCCCCAGGGGUCUGCCAACCAGAGUCCCCUGGGCUUCCAGGUGGUCUGUGAAGCCGGCCAAUCAGAUUCCUCCUCCCCUGCAGCAGGUGAGCARAGCUGUCGCCGUGCCAACUCGGUGGAGAAGGGAGGGACAUCCCAGCAGCCCCCGGCGGCCAAGGGGCCCUCCAAGAAAAAAUCAGGGCCUGUUUAUUUUAAAUCCGGACCCUCCAACUGCUUCCCAAGAAAAGCAGCUAAGAGGAACUCCCCAGUCAACAACCAGUGCAGCCCCCAGGGGUCUGCCAACCAGAGUCCCCUGGGCUUCCAGGUGGUCUGUGAAGCCGGCCAAUCAGAUUCCUCCUCCCCUGCAGCAGGUGAGCARAGCUGUCGCCGUGCCAACUCGGUGGAGAAGGGAGGGACAUCCCAGCAGCCCCCGGCGGCCAAGGGGCCCUCCAAGAAAAAGCCUCAGGUGGGAUUAGAGGCUCCGUUUCUCUGUUUCCUCAUCAGUCAGACUCCCGAUUUUAUCCCUCCUCCUCCACUCUGCGGCCGUUUCCGGCGUGGGCCGAUCCACGCCGUUCGCUCCCGUCCCGUCUCCGCGGCGCCAUCCGCACCUCUCGCCAAGCCGCUGCUGAUGCGGAGAUUCACCCCAUCGACUGGCUGUGAUCAGUACAAUGUGCUUAUAAUGGCAGCUCCCGCUGGUCUGCCGGCGUCUCUGGCGCACCGCGCCCGGUACGCCACCUACUUCGACGUGGCGGUGCUGCGCUGCCUGCUGCAGCCCCACUGGACGGAGGAGGGCGUGCACUGGGCCCUGAUGUACUACCUGCAGCGCCUGAGGCAGAUCAUGGAGGAGAGACCGGAACGCAACCCGGAACCCCUGGUCACCCCGCUGCCCCGCCCUCGCAGCAGCUCCAUGGUGGCUGCCACGCCCUCGCUGGUCAACACCCACAAGACCCAGGAUAUGAGUCUGAAGUGCAACGAAGAGGGCAAAUCUCUGAGCACCGAGACUUUUGCCAAGGUUUCCCUCACAAACCUGCGCCGACAGGCCGUCCCAGACCUGUCCUCUGACCUGGGCAUGAACAUCUUCAAGAAGUUCAAGAACCGGCGGGAGGACCGGGAGAGGAAGGGCUCCAUUCCCUUCCAUCACGCCGGGAAGAAGCGGCAGCGGCGCAUGGGCGUCCCCUUCCUGCUGCAUGACGACCACCUGGACGUCUCGCCCACACGCAGCACCUUCUCCUUCGGAAGCUUCUCGGGCCUGGGCGACGAGCGGCGGGCUCUGGACCGCGGCGGCUGGCAGGCCACCAUCAUGGGUAAAUUCACACGCAGAGGCAGCACGGACACAGCUGCUGACGCYGACAGCCUGAGCGCCAAGCACUCCCACUCCCACCACUCCCUGCUCAGAGACAUGCCYGACCACUCCAACAGCCACAGCGACAACACGGUGAAGGAAGUGCGAUCUCAGAUCUCCACCAUCACCAUGGCGGCGUUCAACACCACGGUGGCCUCCUUCAACGUGGGCUACGCCGACUUCUUCACCGAGCACAUGAAGAAGCUGUGCAACCCGUCCGCUGCGCCCGAAAUCCCCGUGGAGCCGCUGGCCUGCACCAACCUGCCCCGCAGCCUCACCGACUCCUGCAUCAACUACUCCUGCCUGGAGGAGGGCGARAACAUUGAGGGCACCAACAACUUCGUGCUGAAGAACGGCAUGCUGGACCUAACGGCUGUGCUGCGGGCGCUCUACGCCGUCCUCGCCCAUGACAUCAGCUCCAGGAUCUGCGACGUGGCGCUCAACAUCAUCGACUGCCUGCUGCAGCUGGGCGUCGUCCCCGGCAUGGGCAAGAAACUGUCCAAGCCGGACAACAAGGAGAACCAGGAGGCCCGGGCCAAAGACCCGGCCGGCCAGAGCCUGGCAGGUGGCGCCCAGGGCGGUGGCCCBCUUCCAGGAGCCGGAGGGGGUGGAGACGGAGGUGGAGGAGGGGGGAGCGGCGGAGGCAGCGGGCAGGGGAGCAAGGAUGACGUCAAGAAUAACAAAGAGAAUGAUAAAAAGGAGGAAGAGGGUUCUGGUUUCAGCACCCACCGCCUGGCUCUCACCAUGCUGAUCAAGAUAGUCAAGUCUCUGGGCUGCGCUUACGGCUGCGGGGAGGGCCACCGAGGACUGUCAGGAGACCGCCUCAGGAUGCAGGCCCAGAACUGCCUGACUAAUCUGUAUAAGCUGGACAAAGUGCAGUUUCGCCAAACAAUGCGCGAGUAUGUCAACAAAGACUCCCUCAAUAACAUUGUGGAUUUCCUGCACGCACUGCUGGGCUUCUGCAUGGAGCCCAUUACUGACAACAAGGCGGGCUUCGGCAACAACUUCGCCACGGGGGACAACAAGUCGCUGGCGCAGAACAUGGAGGCAGUGGUGGUGGGCUGCAUGUUCAAGUCCCUCAUCACCCGCUGUGCCUCRACCACACACGAGCUGCACAGCCCAGAAAACCUGGGUCUGUACUGUGACAUCCGCCAGCUGGUUCAGUUUAUAAAAGAGGCCCAUGGAAACGUGUUCCGCAGGGUGGCGCUGAGCGCGCUCCUGGACAGCGCCGAGAAGGUGACUGCCACCAAGAAACCCGACGAGAAGGAUGACGGCAAACAGUACGGAGUAAGAAGGUCUGAGGCGGGUGUGUCCGGGGAGAAGGGUCAGGUGUCCAGUGCUGCAGAUGAGUGUCGCAGCUGCAUCUCCAGUAGACCCCCCCAGACCCCCGAACACGAUGAACAGAUCCCGGGCGCUCUGCUUGGCAGGAAGGACUUCUGGAGGAAGAUGUUUAAGUCGCAGAGCGCCGCCAGUGACACCAGCAGCCAGUCGGAGCAGGACACCUCAGAGUGUACCACCGCACACUCUGGCACCACCACCGACCGACGCUCCCGAUCCAGAUCCCGACGCAUCUCGCUCCGCAAGAAACUCAAACUACCGAUUGGUCCAGGAAACUGGCUGAAACGCUCCUCCCUGUCUGGGCUGACCGACGGUGUGGAGGACCUGCUGGACAUCAGCUCAGUGGACCGGCUCUCCUUCAUCCGUCAGAGUUCAAAGGUGAAGUUCACGAGCGCGGUGAAGCUGUCUGAAGGGGGCGCUGCGGGGCCGGAGUACGGCAGGGACGAGGAGGAGAAUUUCUUCAAGCGGCUCGGACCUCAUGGUUUCCAAGAGCGCUUAGCGGCCAGUCAGGAGGCCAUGAAGAACAAGAACGUGGUCAACCUGGGCGCCAUCCGGCAGGGGAUGAAGCGCUUCCAGUUCCUCCUCAACUGCUGCGAGCCGGGAACCAUUCCUGAUGCCUCCAUCCUUGCUGCUGCUCUAGACUUGGAGGCUCCAGUUGUGGCUCGCGCUUCCCUGUUCCUGGAGUGUGCCAGGUUCGUCCACCGCUGCAACCGUGGCAACUGGCCAGAGUGGAUGAAGGGCCACCAUGUCAACAUCACCAAGAAGGGCUUGUCCAGGGGCCGCUCACCAAUAGUGGGCAACAAGAGGAACCAGAAGCUGCAGUGGAACGCUGCCAAGCAUUUCUGCCAGUGGGGAGAUGCCAUCGGCACCAGGCUGAGUGAGCUCUGUCACUCAGACAGCGAGAGCCCCGCCAACAUCCUGGGCUACAUCUACGAUGAAGAGACCAAACGCAGGAUGAGGAAGGAAGAUGAGGAGGAGGACUACUUAGAGGACAACACGGUGAACCCUACGAAGUGCGGCUGCCCUUUUGCCCUGAAGAUGGCCGCCUGCCAGCUGCUGCUAGAGAUCACCACCUUCCUGCGGGAGACGUUCCCCUGCUUGCCUCGCCCUCGGACCGAGCCAUUGGUGGACCUGGACAGCUGCCGGCUGCGUCUGGACCCGGAGCUGGGCCGCCAUCGCUACGAGAGGAAGAUCAGCUUCGCCGGCAUCCUGGACGACGAGGACGGCCAUGACUCCCUGAACAGCAGCAGCCACACGCUGAAGUCUGACACCACAGGGGAGGAGAAGAAGCCCCAGGAGACUCAGGCUCCUGUCAGGAAGAUCCGCAUCGGAGGCUCCCGGCUGCUGCAGAUCAAAGGCGCCCGCAGCUUCCGCGUGAAGAAGGGCGGCUCGCUGUCUUCCAUCCGCCGGGCAGGGAGCCUGAAGAGCACCAAGCUGUCCCGGCAGGACUCCGAGUCCGAGAACGAGGAGGGGCUGCUUUCCCAGACGCAGAGCAGGGACACCGUCACCGACAUCGGAAGUCCCUUCAGCACCAGUGAGCCCAGCAUUGAGCCUGAGGGCCAGGGCUCAGGAGGAGCUGAAGACAACUACCACCGCAACAUGUCCUGGCUCCACAUUAUGAUCCUGCUGUGCAACCAGCAGAGUUUCAUMUGUACACACAUUGACUUCUGCCACCCGCGCUGCUACCAGCACCACGGCCGCUCCUGUGCCCGCCUCRUCCGCGCCAUCAAGCUGGUCUACGGCGAGUCGGUGGACAGCCUGAGGGAGGACAGCGCCUCUGGUAACGUUGGAGGWCGCGCGAAGAAGAACAAAGAGUUUUCAGAUAAAUCCUGUCUGAGAACCCCGUCCAUGAAGAGGAAACCGACCGACUCCAACGCAGAAGGGAAGAAAGACACUGGCAUGCUCAAGUACAUCCGCAACCAGGUGAUGAGUUUGUCCCCGGCUCCUCUGUCGCUGCUGAUCAAGGCUGCCCCCAUCCUCACCGAUGACAUGUACGGAGACAUCCAGCCCGCCGCCUGGGAGCUGCUGCUCAGCGUGGACGAACACAUGGCGGCCGCUGCAGCYGCCAUGUUUCUGCUAUGUGCCGUCAAAGUCCCCGAYGCCGUGACUGAGAUGAUGAUGGCGGAGUUCCAGCACCAGGAGGCCUGUCAGCGCAUCAACUCCAUUUUGAAGUUCUACACUUUGUGGCGUUUUCGCUACCAGGUGUGGCCGCGCAUGGAGGAGGGAGCCCAGCAGAUCUUCAAAAUCCCUCCRCCCAGCAUCAACUUCACCCUGCCGUCCCCCAUCCUGGGCAUGCCCUGCGUCCCCAUCUUCGACCCGCCCUGGGUGCCGCAGACCACCGGCAGCGUCCAGGACCCCAUAAACGAAGACCAGUCUAAAUCAUUCUCUGCUCGGGCCGUGUCGCGCUCCCACCAGCGGGCCGAGCACAUCCUGAAGAACCUGCAGCAGGAGGAGGAGAAGCGGCGGCUGGGCCGCGAGGCCAGCAUCAUCACGGCCAUCCCUGUGGCCCAGGAGGCCUGCUACGAGCCCACCUGCAGCCCCCCGCCGGAGCAGGAGGAGGAAGCAGAAGAAGUGGUGAACCUGGCGUCCCGCCGCCUCUCCGUCAGCCCGUCCUGCGCCUCCAGCAACUCCCACAGGAACUACUCAUUCCGCCGAGGCUCCGUCUGGUCCGUCCGCUCCAUGGCCAGCGCUGAAGAUGAAGAAAACACAACAGAUCACACUCCCACACACCACAUGCUUCAGCCUCCUCAAGCUGUCUUCCCAGCAUGCAUCUGUGCUGCAGUCUUACCAAUAGUCCACCUCAUGGAAGACGGAGAAGUCAGAGAGGACGGUGUGGCUGUGAGUGCUGUUGCACAGCAGAUCCUAUGGAACUGCCUUAUUGAAGAUCCUGCUCUGGUUCUCCGCCACUUCCUGGAAAAACUCACCGUGAGCAACAGACAGGAUGAGCUGAUCUACAUGCUGAGGAAGCUGCUGCUGAACAUCGGCGAUCUGCCUGCCCAGACCUCCCACAUCCUGUUUAACUACCUGGUGGGGCUGAUUAUGUACUUUGUGCGGACGCCGUGCGAGUGGGGCAUGGACGCCAUCUCGGCCACGCUGACCUUCCUGUGGGAGGUGGUGGGCUACGUGGAGGGGCUCUUCUUCAAAGACCUGAAGCAGACCAUGAAGAAGGAGCAAUGUGAGGUCAAACUACUGGUCACCGCCUCCAUGCCAGGAACCAAAACACUGGUGGUGCACGGCCAGAACGAGUGCGACAUCCCCACCCAGCUGCCGGUCCAUGAAGACACCCAGUUUGACGCUCUGCUGAAGGAGUGUCUUGAGUUCUUCAACAUUCCUGAGGCCAGAUCGGCUCACUACUUCCUCAUGGAUAAGAGAUGGAACCUCAUUCACUACAACAAGACCUAUGUCAGGGACAUCUACCCGUUCCGGCGCUCCGUCUCUCCUCAGCUCAACCUGGUCCACAUGCUGCCUGAGAAAGGACAGGAGCUGAUCCAGAAACAGGUGUUCACCCGGAAGCUGGAGGAGGUCGGCCGGGUGAUGUUCCUGAUCUCGCUGACUCAGCGCAUGCCGGCGGUGCACAAGCAGUCCCACGUGUCGCUGCUGCAGGAGGACCUGCUGCGCCUGCCCUCCUUCCCCCGCACCGCCGUCGACGCAGAGUUCUCCCUCUUCAACGAGCCUCAGGGUAAGGAGCUGUUUGGCCUGGACACCCUCCACAAGGUGCUGUGGAUCAAGCUGCUGGAGGAGAUGUUCCUGGGCAUGCCCAGUGAGUAUCCCUGGGGAGACGAGAUGAUGCUGUUCCUCAACGUGUUCAACGGGGCGCUGCUGCUGCACCCCGAGGACAGCUCGCUGCUGCGCCAGUACACCGCCACCGCCAUCAACACGGCCGUCCACUUCAACCACCUGUUCUCUCUGAGCGGCUACCAGUGGAUCCUGCCCACCAUGCUGCAGGUCUAUGCAGACUAUGAGAGCAACCCGUUGCUGCGGCAGGGCAUUGAGUUCUGCUGCAGGCAGUUCUACAUCCUCCACAGAAAGCCCUUCAUCCUCCAGCUGUUUGCCAGCGUCGCCCCCCUGCUGGAGUUCACCACCAGCACCAGCACUGGCCUGUCCAAAGGCGUGUCGGCCCAGUGUCUGUUCGACCUGCUGGUGUCUCUGGAGGGCGAGACGCCGGACGCUCUGGACGCUCUGGAGCUGGUCCAGGCAGAGAAACCGCUGCGCUCUCUGGAUUUCUGCUACGGUAAUGAAGAUCUGGCCUUCUCCAUCAGUGAGGCCAUCAAGCUGUGUGUGACGGUGGUCGCCUACGCGCCUGAGUCCUUCAGGAGCCUUCAGAUGCUGAUGGUGCUGGAAGCGCUGGUUCCCUGCUUCCUUCAGAAGCUCAAGAGCAACACGGCGACAAUGGAGUCUGCGUCCGCUGCCAGGGACGAAAUCGCGGCCAUCGCCUCCAUGGCAACGUCCCUGCAGGCCCUGCUGUACAGCUCAGAGGCCCUCACCAGACCAAUGACCGCCCCGCAGAUGUCCCGCUGUGACCAGGGACACAAGGGGGGCACCACCGCCAACCACGCCAUGUCCGGAGGCGUCAACACCAGGGACAACCUGCACCUGCUGGAGGAGGGCCAAGGCAUGCCGAGGGAGGAGCUGGACGAGCGGCUUGCUAGGGAGGAGUUUCGCCGCCCGCGAGAGUCCCUCCUAAACAUUUGUACCGAGUUUUACAAACACUGCGGACCCCGCCUCAAGAUCCUGCAGAACAUCGCUGGAGAGCCGCGCGUCACUGCGCUGGAGCUGCUGGACAUCAAGUCCCACAUGAGGUUAGCGGAGAUUGCCCACGCCCUACUCAAGCUGGCGCCCUACGACACCCUGACCAUGGAGAGCCGAGGCCUGCGGCGAUACAUCAUGGAGAUGCUGCCCAUCACCGACUGGUCGUCUGAAGCUGUGCGCCCCGCCCUCAUCCUCAUCCUCAAGAGGCUGGACCGCAUGUUCAACAAGAUCCACAAGAUGCCCACGCUCAGGAGACAAGUGGAAUGGGAGGCGGCCAGUAAUCUGAUUGAGGGGAUCUGUCUGACCCUCCAGCGCCAGCCAAUCAUCUCCUUCCUCCCACACCUUCGCUCGCUGAUUAACGUCUGCGUCAACCUGGUGAUGGGUGUGGUCGGCCCCUCCAGCGUGGCGGACGGCCUGCCGCUCCUCCACCUCAGCCCGUACCUCUCUCCUCCGCUUCCCUUCAGCACGGCCGUCGUCCGCCUGGUGGCUCUGCAGAUUCAGGCCUUGAAGGACGACUUCCCUCUCAGUCAUGUGAUCUCACCGUUCACCAAUCAGGAGAGGCGAGAGGGGAUGCUGCUCAACCUGCUCAUUCCUUUCGUUCUGACGGUGGGCUCUGGAAGCAAAGACAGCCCCCACCUUGAGCAGCCGGAGAUAUUCCUGCUCCUCCAGACGGUCAUCAACAUCCUGCUGCCCCCUCGGAUCAUCUCCACCUCCCGCACCAAGAACUUCAUGCUGGACGCAUCUCCGGCUCACUGCUCCACACCCGGAGACACGGGGAAGGACCUACGCAGGGAGGGCCUGGCAGAGUCCACCAGCCAGGCUGCAUACCUCGCUCUGAAGGUGGUGUUGGUCUGCUUUGAGCGCUCGCUGGGAAACCAAUGGUACCGCCUGAGUCUGCAGGUUAAAGAGAUGGCUCUGAGGAAGGUGGGAGGCCUGGCUUUCUGGGACUUCAUUGACUUCAUUGUGCGAACCCGCAUCCCUAUUUUUGUCCUCCUGAGACCCUUCAUACAAUGCAAGUUGCUGACCCAGCCGGCCGACUCCCAGGAGGAGAUCACGGCGCGGCACCACAUCGCCGACCAGCUGGAGCGCCGAUUCAUCCCCAGGCCUCUCUGCAAGAGCUCACUGUUUGCAGAGUUCAACAAUGAACUCAAGAUCCUCAAAGAGGCAGUCCACAGCGGCUCUGCGUACCAAGGGAAGACGUCAAUCAGCACAGUUGGCACCUCCACGUCGGCCUACCGGCUCAGUCUGGCCACAAUGUCGCGCUCCAACACAGGAACCGGCACCGUGUGGGAGCAGGACAGCCAGCCGUCACGGCAACCGUCGCAGGACACACUGAGCCGCACCGAUGAGGAUGACGAAGAGAAUGACUCCAUGAGUAUUCCCAGCGUUGUGAGCGAACACGAGGCCUUCCUCCCCAGAGUGAUGUCACAGCGGCGUUUCUCCAGCCACGCCACCGGCUCAGCAGCCGCGCAGCCUGAGAAUCCCCGCACCACCAUGCUGCCCAGCCAAAGUGAACCCAAUGUGCUAGAUGAGUGCCAGGGCCUUCUGCAGGAGGGUAACCUCUCUAGGGUUGCCAGCGUGCAAAGUGAGCCUGGCCAGCAGAACCUCCUUAUCCAGCCACCAUUGGGAAGAAAGCGCGGACUCAGACAGCUGCGACGCCCCCUGCUGUCCAUUCCAAAGACUGAACCGCGAGGCCGUUCUGGAGCCAGACUCUCUACCACUCGAAGGAGCAUCCAGCCCAAGAACAAACCUCUGGCGCACGGAGACCAGAAGAGGUCUGUGACCUUCACUGAGACUCAAGGUCAGCAGGGGGCUCAACAGGGGGCUGCGGGCGCCACAGAGCCCUCAGGUGAGGGCAGGAAGGCCAGCCCGGCUCCGUCCAAGUCCCCCACCCUGGAGGUGCCGUCAGCCACCGUCACAGCCGACCUGCACGGGCCGGCCAGCAUCCAGGUUCCUGUGGCCCUGAGCAGCAAGGAGAGGAGGGAGCAGUGGGGGCUCCGCAGCAGCCUGUCCCCCCCACCCUCCAUCUCSCGCCCGUCCACCCCCACACCCCCAUCCAGGACCUGCUCACCCCUCCCUCUGUCCCGCACCUCCUCUCCUCUCCCUCCUCCUUUGCCGGUGCUGAGCGCAGCUCCCGCCCCGGGCCCCCCUCCGCCGCCGCCACUGCCCCCAGCGUCCAGCAUCAGGGAUAGCCCUGGGGACGAGGACACAGCGGCGCUGCUGCCCCGCGGUGGCAACACCCUGCUGCGGCUGAGCGAGGACGACGGCACAGAGAACCCACUGCUGGCCCCACUGCUAGGCCCCGCCUCCCCCCGCCGCUCGCCCCGACGCUCCCCACUCCCUUUCUCUCCUGUCGACCUGGACCUGGAUGAGUCCCACGUCUGACAGCAGAAGUUUCAUCCUAGAUCAGCUUCCUCCAUCAUCAGCUCCACCAGAGUUUUAUUAUCAUUAUGACUAUUUCCYUCAUAAAUUCAGAGAUUUAUUUUUAAACUGUAUUUUCAGUCACAUAUUUAUCACUCUUAAAUAUUAAAGCUUCUAACAGAAGGAACCCUAUCAUAUUCACAUUUACUGCGCCCUCCACACUUACUGGCAUCAUGGUCUGAAAGYGUCCGUCUAACGCUGGUUGUCGUAUAUUUUACACAUACCAGAGGGUGAAUAGUUGAGCUCUGCUGCCACAUAGAGGUCGGAGUUAUAUCAGCUAAAUCUGAUUUUAGAGAUGAUCAUAAUGAAAUCUUAAUUAUUCACUAUCUGUAUCGUAUUUAUUCCCCAGGGAAACGGGAAGUCACAGUAAUGUCGUAAUGUAAUUAAACUAUUACAUUACUAUUACUACAUAUUUGUUUCAUUGGGAAUGUAAAGGCUGGAGCGCAGGGAAGAUCCUUUCACAUUGAAAACACGUGGAGCUAGCUGAGUUGUGCUUUAACUAGGACUGUCUGCACACAACUUUGCUCAUACUAACUAAAAUGAAGCUUUGCCAAAAUAAAACGCCCCCCAAAAAAAACAUAUGCAGAAAAUCAACCCACUGUUGGGUACAGUGUCUUUGUACCAAUCUUCACCGGAUCGACCUGUAACUGUAAAGGGCGCCGACUCAAAAAGCCAUUUUAAAGCUAAUAAAAAGAACUUGGUCUUUUUAUUAUGUGGGAUAAGAGCAUAUAUUCAGUAUUUAUUUAAUAGAGAGUGAAAAUGUAUUCAUAUUUAUUUGUUUGUCAGUGAUUUUAGUCAUAAAAAUGUCUAUUUUAAGCCAUCAGGAGCCAACAGAUGAUGGGGAACAAAAAGCAGAAAAGCCCCAUUGUUCAGUURGCCCAUUGUUCAGAGAAAAGCAAUAUUUAAUCAGCUCAGUGCCCCUUUAAAUUAGAUUUACUGUGUAUUGAUUGUGUUCUAAUAGUAAAACAAUAGAAAUAACAAACACGCCUGUAGAUUAUCUGUAGUUAGCUUGUUUGUUGCGCUGCUACGUGUCGAGUUUCUCAUCGUCCUGAUGUUUGCGUCGUCGUCGUUCAGCAGAAAACCUCCAGCUGUGAUGAACCUCGUUGCUCAUGUCAUUCAUGCCUUAAGGGAAUCAUUUCAUCUGUUCAGUUCCAGUUGUGUUYACCUGACAUGGUUAGAUGUGUUUUGUGCCAUAAUUCACACCAACGCACUGUGACUGUAGCUAAACAGCUUCCUGUUUUCUGCUAAUGUAACUCUUUUCCUGGAAACCUGCAACAAUGGCUGCAUGAGACACAAUGCAGUUUCUUUUUACCUGCUAAAUAAACAGGAUUAACAUUAUGACCYACUUGGUUCAUUUAUAUUUGUCACAUUUUGCUGUUAUGACUCUUUGAUGACAGCAGUGUAUUUAAAAAUGCCAAAGUGUUUCCCUUUAAAUGUCUUAUAUUGUCUCGUUUGAAUAUUUCUCGGUUAUCUAAAUAAACAAAAGUUGUUUACAGCCUG